GUGUCCCCACCCACACCCCAACAGUCAUCCUGAAUCAUUCAACAAAACAAACUGUCCCCUGUGCGUCUCCACGAGCAUCAAGACCAGUAUCAGUAAAAAAUGUCUCGAUUCCCCAGGAUUCUAGUGCUCCUCUCAUGCUGCACAGUUAUCGGCAACGCCCUAGAGUGCUACGUCUGUGAUCGACAACAGGACAACACUGGAAAAUGCCUUUCAACGAUAAACACCUGUGAAUACGAUCAGGACGCAUGCUUCACCGAGGUCAACUGGGGCAGCACUCCCUACUGGUCCCCAGCAGCUCAAAAGCAGCACUACAUAUCCAAGAAGUGCAUGUCUAAGAGGGAGUGCGAGAAAAUCAGGAAGGUGAAUAUGCCCGACUGCACGUACCUGUGGUACCAGGACUGGAAGUGCUCGGAGUGCUGUCAGGGGGAUCGGUGUAAUUAUUACAUAUUUUCUGGAGCUAGUAAAUACACAUCUUGGAGUGUCCUGACGUCGAUAGCAGUCAUCCCCCUGUUCUGGAGUUGGAUAACUGCGUAAUUUUAUUGGGAAGUGGUGAAGAAUAGAAUUUCUCCAGAAUCACUGAACUUUUUCAUGGAGAAUUGAAUUCUCCAGGAAAAUGUCCAAUGAAUUGCCUCCAGUAUCACUCAUUACCGAUAUAGUUAAGCAAUUACGAAUCGAUAAACGAAGAAUUGAACGAAAGAAAUCAAAACGUCCAGAGAAAUUUUCAUCGAGAAUUAAACUUUCUACAAGAUCUCGUCACAUUCUUCUCUUGAAGUGAGAUUAAUUCGUUCCACAAUAGAUAAAAAAUCGUCCAAAAGUGCCUUCUGUCAAAUUCUCCAAGAAUUGAUUACAAAACUCCACUGCCGAGCUCGCAGUACAUUUUUUACCAUUUUAAGAUAAUUUUCAACAGUUUUUCUGACGUUAUUUUUAAUUGUAAACGUAAACUCCAAGUACAAUUUUUUGGGUGACAAAUCAACUCCAAUUUCCAAAACAUAAUUUAGCAUUUUCUAUUGAAAAUGUAGAUCCUUUAAAUUUAAUUUUUUAACUGUAAAAAAAAAAUAGCUGUAAUGAACAAAAAUAUCUAAGUAAUUGAAUCCGUCCACGAUGUAAUGUAUUUAAUGUUCGUCCAUAACUAAAUGAUAACGAGAUUAUUCGCUAUUUUUUUUAUAAAUAAAUUUGAUAAAGGUAUUUAAAGAAAUUUUUGUUGCACUGAAUUAAUUGAUGGGGUAAUUCGAAAAGUGGAGAAAGUGAAGUGAUGAAUCAGAGCCCAUUCCACGAGGGAUUACCCGGUUUUCCCCCCACAAUUGAAUUGUAAUGCGAUAGAAUCUCUGUCUACAAUAAAACGAUUUAUAAUGACAACAGA